AUGGACCAAGACGACCAAUCUUCUCAGCCCGCAAGCACGCCCUCUUCGCGGCCGAAAUCUCGCUCCGAUCAUUUAAUGAAGCGCGUCUCGAGAGCAUGCUUACACUGUCGCCAACGGAAGUCAAAGUGUGACCUCGGUAGUCCAGGUGUGCCGCCAUGCCAACGAUGCCUUCGAGAGGGUCGCGAAUGUGUCCUAGGCAGCUCCAACCGCGGUGGCCGUCGCAUUCGCAAGAACAAAAUGAAAAACUUUACUCCCGACACCAACUUAUCUACCCGAAGGGACUCCUUCCUCGACCCGACAAGUCCUGCCACAUCAGACAACCGUACGGCGGCGAAUAGCUCAUAUCCCGGGCCCGUGGUUUUUGUAACGCCGAACCCUCAAACGGCGACACCGGCAUCCGUGGACGAUGAGGAUUCUGCUUCUAUUGGCUCCGUCCCGCAGAACCCAUCCGAUGCAUGGCAAUGCUUGACUGGCAUUGCAAAAAGGGGAGCGGAUGACCACAGCCCAGAGACGACUACCGACUUGACGCGCGCUCCACCCACCAGCUUUCCCUCCUACAAUACGUUUCCCAGCAGCAGUGUAACCGACUUUCAACCAAACACCGGAAUCAAAGCCUACCGACUGGUUCAGUCGCGUUCAUUGGACCCGGGAACCGUGUGGCAAUUGGUAGCUCGUUACGCCGAACAUUUCCACCCCUAUCUUCCUUUGGUCCCAAGAAAGUAUUUUAACCGCAGCGCGCUGGACACCUUCGCGAACAACGAAAAGCACCUCCUCACUGCUGUGCUAACGAUCGCUUCGAAGGACCUGGUCGAGCGACCGGAGAUCCACGAGUACUGUUCCAAGUACAUGCAUGAGCUCAUCUCAGGUAUCGCGGCUGGAAUAGAUUGUGAUGUCGAGGCUGUCGAGGCGCUUUUACUACUGGCAGAAUGGGAGCCGCAGGGCCUUCGUCCCCGGGUAGAGCGCGUAGGCCGUGGAGAAGAGGAUCGAGCCGCUUGGAUGCAUGUCGGCUUGGCUUUACGUUCGGGCUAUUUUCUCGGGUUAGAUCGUACCUCGUUCCGGGGCGACUCCCCGGGCGACACGGAGAAUGAGGCCCGUCGACGUCUGGCGUGGACAAGCUGCUACAUUUCAGAUCGCUUGAUCUCUGUCCGCAUUGGACGCGCAUUCUGGUCUCGAGGACCGGGGCCAAUGACGGGCCUGGUCAGCCAGGACUUCCCGUCCUUGCAGCCCGUGAAGGAAGGAGACGAAGACUACGCAAAAAUCUUUCAGGCGACGUUGGACCUGACCCAGCUCUAUGGGAAUGUUCACGAUGUGCUUUACUCGGGAAUGAGGACCAGUAACCAAAUGAUGCUCAUGGGAGACUACGUGAAAUACGUUGAUGACUUUCGCCUCGCUAUUCUGCGGUGGAAGUCUCGCUGGGGCUCGUUGCCCUGCUCUCAACCCAUGCAGGUCACCUUGCAGUUGUCGUAUGAGUAUCUACGGCUGUACAUUAAUGCCUUUGCAUUUCAGGCAGCUAUCUCCCAGUCGUUGGUAUCGAGAUUGAAGAAAGAUGCUCACUCGCAGCGAGAGCAUUUGCGGGCCACGUUUAACAAUGUGGCGUCAAUGCAGGAUGCCCGGUUUAUCUAUGAAUCGGUAGAUGCUGCGAAGGCGUACUUGACCAUCAUGGUUGACGGAGUCCACCCCGAAAAGCAUCUCCAUUUUAUGCCUCUUCGGUUUUAUCUAUACGGCAUCUAUGCCGCGGUAUUCUUAUAUAAGGUCGGGUUUCAGAAGAAGACCAUCGCGACAUUUGCUAACAGGAACAGGCACGGUCAUUUGGAGUCAUGUUGCCUGCAGAAGAGAUGA